AAGCGGCCAAGCUAGCGGUUUGGGCCGGAAACAGGAAGUGAGUUUUUUUUUCCUCCCCUCUCACGGAGUCGGCACGUGAGCGGCGAUGGCGAAGGAGGCCGGAGGAGGAAGGCACCGAGCGGGGCUCCUGAAGCAGCAAAACAAGCCGCACAAGGCCGGGAAGCACCGCGGGAGCAACGCCCGGAGGCAGGCCGGCCGCAUCCCUGCCAAGACCCUCAGCCAGCAGCAACGCCGCGCAUUGGCCAAGUUGGACCGCAAGAACCGGGCCUGGCAGCUCCGCCAGCAGCGAAGAGAGGCUGUGUUAGAAGAGAAGCGGAACCUGGGCCGCAAGGAUGGGCCUCCGCACCUGGUGGUGGUGGUGCCGCUGCAUGCCAGCGUUGCCGCCCAGAGCGCCUUGGGCUUGUUCCAGAGCGAUGGGGCCUCCGCCGUAUGCCGAACCGAGGGGGGGCCACAAGGCUACGCUUUGCUCUGCCCCCGAUUCAAGCUGCGGUGGCGUUUUGUGGUAGCUGACACAGGGAACCUUCAUACUGUGCUGGACCUGGCCAAGGUGGCCGACACGCUCCUUUUCCUGCUGGACCCCACGGAGGGCUGGGACGCGGCCGGGGAUCUCUGCCUCUCCUGCAUCUUUGCCCAGGGCCUCCCCAGUUACGGCCUCGCCGUCCAGGGCCUGUCUGGGCAGCCGCCAAAGAAGCAAAGCGAGUGCCGGAAAAAGCUGAGCAAAGCCACGGAGAAGCGCUUCCCCGGAGCCAGGCUCUUUGCCCUCGACACGGAGCAGGAGUCGGCCUCGCUCCUCCAGCACCUGGCCGGGCAGAAGCAGCGGCACCUGGCCUUCCGGGACCGGCGCCCGCACCUGAUGGCGGAGGCGGCCCAGUUUGUGCCCGGCCCCGAGAGUCCCUCGGUGGGCACCCUGAAGGUGUCUGGAUACCUGCGGGGCCGGCGCCUGAAUGUCAACGCCGUGGUGCACAUCGCAGGGCACGGGGACUUCCUCAUGAGCCAGAUGGACGCCCCCCCAGAGCCCUUUGCCCUGAACCCCAGAGUCACCAAAGGGCCACCAAGGAGCAUCGAAGACCAGGAUGAGUUGGUGGACGGAGCAGCCGAGAUGGAGGAGGAGGUGAAGGUGCUGAGCAAGGCCGACCCCAGCAAGCAGGAGCCGCUCCAGGCGGAAGCCGUGCCGGACCCCAUGGAGGGCGAGCAGACCUGGCCCACCGAGGAGGAGCUCAAGGAGGCCCAAGAUUCGCUUCAACGGAGCAAGAAGAUCUCCAGGAAGGUCCCGAAAGGCACAUCUGCCUACCAGGCUGCCUGGAUCCUGGAUGAGGAGGAAUUACAGAAUGGCAGUGAGGACGAAGAGGAGGAAGAAGAGGAUGACCACAACGAUUUAAUGGAAGAGGCUUUCUCCCAGGAUGGGAGCAGUGAGGAGGAGGAGGAGGAGGAGUCCGGCAGCGAGGAAGAAGAGUGUGAGACCAUGACUCUUCCAGAGGCCGAGGAGGAAGAGGAGGAGAUGGAGGAAGAGGAGGCCAUGCUGGAGAAGUACCGGCAGGAGCGGCAGCAGGAGAUGUUCCCCGACGAGGUGGACACCCCUCGGGACGUGGCCGCACGCGUCCGGUUCCAGAAGUACCGAGGUCUGAAGAGCUUCCGGACCUCGCCGUGGGACCCCAAAGAGAACCUGCCCAUGGACUACGCCCGGAUCUUCCAGUUCAGAGACUUCUCCCGGUCCAGGAAACACGUCUUCCGGCAGACGGAGAAAGAGGAAGGCGACGGAGCCGAGGUCGGGUGGUACGUCACGCUCCACAUUUGCCACGUGCCCCUCGCCGUCAUGAAGAGCUUCCAGCAAGGGGGCCCCUUAGUGCUCUUCGCGUUGCUUCCCUAUGAGCAGAAGAUGUCUGUGCUGAACCUCUUGGUGAGGCGCCAUCCCGGCUACAGCGAGCCCAUCCGCUCCAAGGAGGAAGUGAUCGUCCACUGCGGGUUCCGCCGCUUCCGGGCCUCGCCGCUCUACUCGCAGCACAGCACAGGAGACAAGCACAAGCUGGAGCCCUUCCUCCGUGCCGAUGCCGCCGCCGUGGCCUCCCUCUACGGACCCAUCACGUUCCCUCCGGCUUCUGUGUUGCUCUUCAAACAGGAGAAAGAAGGGCCGCACAGCCUCCUGGCCACCGGCUCCCUGCUCAGCGUCGACCCCGACCGGCUGGUCAUCAAGCGGAUCGUGCUCAGCGGCCACCCGUUCAAAAUCCACCGCAAGAUGGCCGUGGUGCGCUACAUGUUCUUCAACAGAGAGGAUGUGACGUGGUUCAAGCCGGUGGAGCUGCGCACCAAGUGGGGCAGGCGAGGGCACAUCAAGGAACCUCUGGGGACCCACGGCCACAUGAAGUGCCAGUUUGACGGGCAGCUGAAGUCUCAGGACACCGUCCUCAUGACCCUCUACAAGCGGGUCUUCCCCAAGUGGACCUUCGACCCGUUUGUGCCGGAGCCGCGCCAGAGAAACGCAAGCUCCUUGCCUUGCGAAGAGGAGGAGGACAUGGCCUGAAAAUAUCCUUUCCAAGAGAUGCCUUUGCCUUUAUUUAUUGACAAUCUAACUCCCAGGGAGAAGGGAUAAGCUGGGGACCAGUUCAUCCCAGUAGGGACUGGUUGCUAUGAAAGACGGCACCACGACGUCUUGGAUACUAAGCAACCUCUUGCGGGGUUUGGAUUCAAAGGAGCGGCGUUAUCUCCGCUUAAUAAAACCCUGAACUCCA